AUUAAUGCACAUUUAGUUUGAAUAAUAGGUAGGAACUUUAAUUUGAACAAUGGCCUUUAAAUGAAACCAACCUUUAAACUGUAAUUAAACGUUAAAAGCGAAUGUACUAUAUACAGUAAGCUGCGUACAGUCGUUAUGGUUUACAUUUGGACAAACAUAAUUUAUCAAAUCGCAACUCAAACCCAUGUCUCCAUCAUACAUUGAACUCGUUAUUGGUCAAUAUCAAUUUAAGCAACAGAAAAUUAGAAUAGAAUCAACCUAUCCAUACUAUUAUUUAGCAGUUGCAAUUUGCGUUAACACAAUAAUACAAAUAAUAAUUAGAAUUCAUUUAUUUCAACUUUCAUUAACGCAAAGUUAUAAAAAUAAUUUUAAAGUCCCAUUGUCAUGUUAAAUAAUUCAUUUAUUUCUGUUCCGUUAAUAUUAAAGGGAAUACGUUUCCUUUUCGUUUAGUUAUUCCAAGACUUUCUACAGAAAUGGACGUUUUUCGUCGUUAAAAUUUCUAAUAAAUAUCAGUUCACGUUAAAAAGAAAUAUGGCGUUGAUUUUAAAAGGAGCCGUUAAAUUGUAUCAUUAUCUAAACUAUGAUAUUGCUGAAGUGACAACAAAAGACUGGCCACUCAUGAGAACGCCAUGGCCAGGUUUGCUCCUCAUUGCGAUCUAUCUAAUGACCGUGUGCCGUUGGCUACCAGACUAUAUGAAGGAUCGCCCAGCAUAUGACCUAAGGAAAACUAUUGUUUUAUACAAUAUCUUUCAAAUUAUAUGCUGUGUUUAUGUACUUUACCAGAGUCUAAAAUUAGGAUGGUUAACUCGUUACCGUAUCGUUUGUGAACCUGUAGGUGACGGACCUGAGAGUCUUGAUUACGCCUGGAAAGUUUGCUAUGCCUAUUUUAUUAUAAAAGUAAUCGAUCUAUUAGAUACGGUAUUUUUCGUCUUAAGAAAAAAACAAAAUCAAGUGUCCUUUUUACAUGUGUACCAUCAUUUCGGAAUGGUCGCAGUCGCCUGGGGUAUGGUUAAAUGGGUACCAGGUGGGCAUAUGACGCUGUUAGUACCCAUAAAUUCAUUUGUCCAUAUAAUAAUGUACACGUAUUACUUGCUGACCGUUUGGGACGAGUCCUACAAGAGGUCCCUCUGGUGGAAGAAAUAUGUAACGCAGGUACAAAUUCUACAAUUUACUCUGCUGCUGUUACAUUUCAGUGCGCUAGUGGUGGCCAAGGAUUGCUCCAUACCGCGACAACCUGCAUACAUCCUUAUACCACAAAACCUCUUCAUGUUCCUCUUAUUUAGUGAAUUCUAUUACAAAACUUAUAUUAAAAAGAAAAACACCAAGAGUAUAUGAUAAGGAUAAUAUUAUAAUGAAAAAAACAACAUUUUAAU